GAAUGGAAACCAACAUUCAAACUAAUAUAACGAAAAGAUGAUAGGGUUUAUGCCAUUAUCAAAAAAACCAUUAACCGCCGCUGCAUCAGUCUUUCAAUUUCGCCCUGUUUGGUACGCAUUAGAUAAUGCCACUAUAUGAUUGCGUGCUUCUUUUGAAGCCACAAGUAAGGAAGGAAGCAUUGAUCGAUUUGGCGGCUCGAGUAGGGAAACAUGUUCAAAAUAGAAAUGGUGUUAUUACUGAUAUCAGAUCUUUUGGUGAAAUUAAGUUGGGAUAUGGUAUUAAGAAGCGUGAAAGCAGAUAUUUUCAGGGCCAGUUGAUGCAGAUGACAAUGAUGGCCACACCCAACAUCAACAAGGAGCUACAUUAUUUGAACAAGGAGGACCGUCUGCUCCGAUGGCUACUUGUUAAACAUAGAAACACAAAAUAUGGGUUGGACUUUCAAAACGAGGAUGAUGCUAGAGAUGAGCUAAUGAAACUUUCACCUGGUAUGUCUUUUGAUGAUGCAAGCGAUGAGGAUGACGACGACGACGAUGCUGAGUACGACGAGGACCAAGAAAAAAAAGAACAUUGACUACAUAAUGAACUUGAAAUUUCGGGUCUUCUUUAUAAUAUGACGAGUGGUAAUUUCAAGUAAACCAAAGGUUUCUUGUUAGAAAUUAAUGGCUAUUUCCAAAUUUGAACUUCAUUUCAUGCUCAAUUUGGAUUUAUGCAGAAGUUGUUCAGACUCCUAAAUCCUCAACAUACUUGGUGAGAACUGAGAAGCCUUAUGGUGACUGACUCAUUAUAAUUGGUGAAUAUUAGAGGUCCUUCUGUUCUGCCCUUUGCAAGUAGGAGCCUGAAAUUUGUAGGCAAAGGUAGGGUGGAGAAGGCGUUAAUAAUGUAAAAAGGUUGAUUGUAAAGUCAAUGAAAAUGGGUAUUAUAGCUA